UAGACGCCGCGGGAGAGUCAAACCCAUGGAUGGGACACACCUCGGGUGGGAUGCCAUGAACAACUGCACCGACCAGCAGUACUGGGACACCCUCGUUUACCAGUGCAUCCCCUGCAGCCUCGUCUGCGGCUGGCCCACAGUGAGGAGGUGUGCUGUCCUGUGCGAGUCCAUGGACUGCAACAGGAAACCUGGCUUCUACUACGACGAGCUCCUGAAAAAAUGCAUCAACUGCACCACGAUCUGCGGGCAGCACCCAAAGCAAUGCGCCCCGUCCUGCGAAGGUACCCUGGUGGCCACCCCACCUCCGGCUGCAGCCCUGGACACGGCCUUGUCCCCGGAGGCUGUGCUGGAGCAGAAGACCUGCGUGGAGCAGGAGCCAUGGCUGGUGGUGUACCUGCUGCUGGGGCUCUGCCUCUGCGCCCUCCUCUGCUCCCUGCUCCUGGGCUGGACCCACCUGCGGAGGAAGGGAGAGGUGGUCUCCUGCCAAGCCAGCCCUGGGACCUGCCACCGCAGGGAGGACUCCUCUAAAGAUCGUCUGGUGGAAGCAGGCAGCGUUGGUGAUGGAUCCACCGGCAGCAGGGUCCCAGAGCCAGUGGAAACCUGUGGCUUCUGCUUCCCUGGACAUGGCUCUGCUGUUCAAGAGACCAAAUCAUGCCACAGCACCUCCUACCACAUCGGGGAAAGGGCUGCUCCCUCUCACACCGGGAUAUGCAGCACGGGCAGCGCUGGGACCAUUCCCAGUCCUGACGAUGGCCACUUCAAAAUCAUAUGUUCUCCUUCACAAGAGAAGACACCCAUGGCGUGACCACACAGAAU